AGAUGUCGCUACCCCAAUAUUGGAUCCAUCAAAAAGUCAUGGCGAAUUUUUUCACUUAUUAAAAGUUAUAUUAUUUUGUGGGUAGAUUAAUACUCACGGCGUCGAAUUAUAAUAAAGUUCUUUUCAGUAUUCACACGGUGGAGCCGAAGCGUCUAGAACAUUUGUCUGAAUGUUAAUAGUUGGAGCAGACAACCAUCGACUUACAAGGAUAGGCUUUUGACGGAUCGUCUCGAAUUUCGGUGAUAUCUAGUAAAUAAGUGAAAAUUAAACAAUUUCGACGUCGUACUUUAUGAAUAUAAACCGCGAUUAGCAUGACGCAAUAGGCUGCUGUGGACAUUACACGCCAUUUUAGUCAAUCAUUGGUAAAAAAGCAGAUCGAGACAUCAUGAAUGAAGGAGCGUCUACAUUGUACCAUAGCAACGGUUUUGGAGGUUCUGGGGCUUAUAAUAUGGGCCAUAUGCAAAUGGAGCGACAAAAUCGGCAGUAUCCUUAUAAUAUGUUGAAUGGUGGGAUAAACAGUUCGAUGUCACCAAGACAAGGCACGCAGCGUCGGUGGCAGCCGCGCCGAGAUCGCAGACCCAUCAAGGGCGAAAAUACAGCUUUUGGCUAUGAUUCAGAUGAUUCCAGUCUCUCUAGCAAUGCUUCUGGGUCUAAUAAAUCAAGUGAAAAAGGUGGUAACACAAAUGGAGAUACAAAUAGCACAGGGUCGGAAAAAGUGAGUCGAGAGUGGAGAUCCAGGAACCGACGUGAUCAGAAGCCGCGUCGUAUUGCCCCUGACAGAUUUCUCACAGCAUCAUACCCCUUUCAAGUUAAAUACACUCCGGAUGACUUACUAACUGGAUCAAAAUGGGACUCAUUGUCACAGGAUAUAUGGGACAAGUUUGUGAAAUCACAACAGACUGAAGCUACUUUCCAUAAGAAGAUGAACUUGUGGAAAUAUCUAUACAUCACUAUCAAGUCAAUAUUUCCACGGUAUGGGUUGUAUGUGGUGGGGUCCACUAUGUCCGGCUUCGGUCUGGAGUCCUCCGACAUGGACCUGUGUCUGUUCGUGCGCGCGAUGUCCCAAGAGCCACGCGCCCACGCCUUGUCAAAUCUGGACUUCAUACUGCCGUACAUACGAGCAUUUGACCCAGACGCAGAGCUGAUCCAGGCCAAGGUGCCCAUCCUUAAGUUUCGUGACGCAAGGAACGGCGUGCAGGUCGACCUCAACUGUAACAACGUGGUCGGCAUCAAAAACACCAAUCUGCUGUACUGCCUCUCAACCAUGGACUGGCGCGUGCGGCCGCUGGUGUCUGUCAGCAAGCUGUGGGCCCGCGCGCAUCACAUCAACGACGCGCGGCGCCGCACGCUGUCGUCGUACGCGCUCACGCUCAUGGUGGUGCACUUCCUGCAGUGCGGCACGAGCCCCGCCAUCUUGCCGCGCGCCAGUGACGUCAUGUGCGGCCACGUGCGCGCCGGCGUCCGCCGCUCACACAACCGCGCCUCCCUGGGGGAGCUGUUUCUGAGUAUGCUGCGCUACUACGCUGACUUCCCGUACGAGCAGACGGUGAUCUCCGUGCGGUCGGGGCGCCGCAUACCGCUGGACGAGUGUCGCCCGCACCUCGACCCCUACUACUGGAAACAUAUCUGUGUCGAAGAGCCGUUCGACCUGUCGAACACGGCCCGCUCCGUGUACGACCCCGACACGUUCGAGAAGAUCGUGGUAGCCUUCCGCGACAGUUACCGACGCCUGGCCGCCGGCCUGAGACUGUCGGACGCGUGGCCCACCGCGCGGUGAUGGCGCCCACACGCCAGUGAAGUGACGCGCUCACCGUGAGUACGCGACUCGAACUAUCCGAGGGCGCAGUCCCAAAUAGAGCCGGAGCACCGCAACUAGUAACGUGGGCUGUGAUAUGCGACUGAUCCCCUUUAUUAUACGUCGUAGUUGUAACACAUAGUACUUAUGGCGCGUCCACACUGCUCGGCGCCGCACCCACACACGCACGCGUCACUGCGGGACUCACUCUUAGUUCCUAUUCAUUUUCACUUUGACACUGAGAUUUUUAUUAUUUGUUAUUACUUAUUGUUUUAGUGUUUAUGAGAAUUGUCACUAUGAAUAAUAUAUGUUUAAAUCACAUAGUGUCAUGGAGUCGAGUUAUUUUGUAAAGUAGGGCUGUAGUCACACCAAAGUUGAGCUGAUGUUGCCAAAGAUUAGCUGCCGUGUUCGGAUUUCACUGAUGAUCUGCAAUUAGCAACUCGUGAGAUGUUCCGUCAAGGCGGUGUAGGACUUGUCCCUGGAUUAUGUAUCUGCUUGAGAUAUUUUGAACUGCGGACACAUUGUCACCCACAAUGUUUAUCCGCGCUCAAAGCUCGUGUGAGCUCCGAACACUCAGUGACAUCGAGCCAGUAAGACUGAACUCACAACACACAGCAUGCGGCUCUGCAUCAAUAACGCCCCAUUCGUUUUUAGUAUUUAUAUUAUUUAUUUAUAAGUUAUUUAACAUUGUACAUAGUAAGGAUGAAAGGCAAUAUUGUUGGCAUGUUUUAGCGUCGUGUUGUGUAUAUAUUUUUAUGUAGUAGUUAUUUUUAUGGUGUGCGUAAAGAGUAAAUGAGAAAAAGAUGAUAUAUUUAAACUUGUAAAUGUUUACAUAUUGCUCGAAUUGUUUGUGGCUUGGCGAAGUCUGUUUGCCCGCCAAGUGCCAGGAAAAAUGGAGUUAGUCGCUGAGGGCUUCCACCCAAAUCCCAGUCCUUGCUAACGAUGACCUCAGAUUAACAUUCCAAUGUGUGCCCAGCCCUUCACUAGCCUCCGUAGCGCUCGGCGAGACAAGAUGAAGUUUAUAUUCGUGCUUUAAUAAUAUAAUUGGUGCUAUAUACACACGAACUGAGGUAAUUAUAUUUGUGAAUGGUGCUAUAUGGCUGCGUGCGCUUCACUUGUUACGUUACACAGUAUUGAUAGAACCAAUGAGAUUAAAUAUAAACAAUGCAUAUCUUUAAAAUGGUAAAGAAUGUAGGAAUUGUUAUCUCAUAUGCCAGUUUGAGAAUUUUAUCACAUUGUUGUACUUACCGGUAACCUCUCAUAUUAUUAUCUAUACAUUAGCUUUUAUAUCUAUUAUAGAGUUGAAUAUUUAAAUAUUUUACAAUAAUACCACGUUCACUGUAAUUACGACAACAACUAUUUUGUAUUUUAAAUGUAUUCAGUUUGGUACAUAGCAUGAAAUUAAAUGAAUUUUAUUUUUAUAUAAAACAUUUUUAAAUAAAGUUGGAAUUAAUCAAGUUUAAUUAUGUGUAGCGGUCACUGUUAAUGAUACAGACAGACGGGUGUCGUGUUGUCUUGUAUAUUGUUUAGCCCACAGCGUUUUCAGUGAUUACAUAGACGUUAUAUUCCUGGCCUUACUUUGUAUUUUUUGAUAUAAGUUUUAUAUUGAUUUUACGUGUGAGGCAACUGUCGCGCUCACGGCGGCAGAAAGUACAAUAAAAAUACACAAUAAAACUGUAUUCAGUAAGUAAAGUUUAAAUAAUGAUAGCAUCAGAGAUCUUUGAUUGAAAGAGAAGGCAAUCUUAAAAAAAUAAAAAAAUAUAUACUGGAAAAAAAUAAAAAAAAGUUAAAAAUAAAAACAAAAAAAAACAAAAAAAGUUUCAUAAGACCAAAAAAUUCAGUUAUAUUUGUAUGUUGACUUCUUGCAGAAAAAUGCUUAUUGAGAGAGCUCCUCGGAGUAUUGAGUGGGUGACACUCAGCUCUGAGCUCAUUGAGUUUGUCGACCGUUCCACCAACAAGAGUAUCGUUUAAAAAAAAUUGUUCACAAGGUUUCGUUAUUAUUUUAGCGCAGUUUGUAUUUAAAUUUGAAGUGAUACACUUAUCUUGGACUUGUAAUGUAUAUAUAAUGUAUUGUAUUGUUGGUGGAUGUGAGAACGAUCACUGCCAGUAGGAGAUUGUUGCUCUAAUGUUUUGGAAUUAUCCGUAUCUUUUGGCCUUAAUAUAUUAUAAUAAUAACUAUUAUUGUAACUAAUGACACUUUGAAUUUAAUAAAAUGAAGUGCGAAUAAACAGCGGCUUUUGUUACACGGCGCCAUUCCACGGCCGUCACUCGCAUUCACAUUACAUUUUAUUAAAUUGAAAUAAGCUCAUGAUUUAUGUACAAAAUUUGUUAUAGUUCUAAAUUAUAUACAAACUGCCAUAAA